AUGUUGGCGGAUUUUGCCAUCACUCCGCUGUUAAUGUUAUUGCAACAACAACAUCAUCUCUUCAUGCCACUAAAUUUUACGGCAAUUGGUUUAACUUGGAAAUUUGAAUCGUUAUAUAUGCUCUACAACAAGAACACUAUAAGUAAGCGAAUUUUAUUUGAACAUAUUGAGGCUAUAUUCGGCGAAAAACAAGGUUACUUUUACAAUAAACCAUAUAUCGUGGCAGACACUAAAUCAUCCUACAGGAAUCUGCAUGAGAUGGGUGGAUUUUCCUCCAAUCCAUUGAUGAUUAUAAUGGCAGCUCAUAUAUAUGAUCCAGUGUUGAUAAAGGCCAAUCAAAUCACAAGAGGCAAAAAAAAUAUUUGCAUUUUGAUAUUCCUAAAGGUUAACUAUGAUGAGAGGGAAUUUCAAAUGUUAUUUGAAUAUUUAUUUCAGCGACAAUUUCGCCGUGUAUUGGUCGUGACUGUCAACAAGCAUUUGUACACUAUGAAAGCAUAUCCCUUGGUAAAGGCACUGAAUGUUACCGAAAAAACUGUACAAGAGUAUUUUCCUCCCCGUAUUCAGUGGAAUCUAGAGGGCCAUAUUAUAAGGAUACCAGUACAAAUUGAUGUGCCCAAUAUGUUUUGGUAUUAUGAUAACACCGUGAAACGUAUACGGAUGGAUGGUGUUGGGGGCAUUGUAUUUGAGGCCUUUAUGAAGUUAAUGAAUGUCUCAAUGGAUAUUUACCCUUUAUAUGUGAAUGGCUCCAACUAUUUGAAUAUUGCCUACAUACAGGAAAUGUUGAUCAAUGACAGUAUAGAAAUAAGUCCGCAAUUGUAUACGAUUCUGCAGCGCAAAUCCAUAGAUUAUAGUUACUCGUACAUAACCACCAGCCGAUGUAUGAUGUUACCCGUAAAUGACAUGCAACAAUUUGAAGUGUCUCAUGUACUGCCCUACCACUGGACAAUUUGGUCGUUGAUUUUACUUUUCAUAGUGGUGAGUGAAGUUGUGUGUCAAUUGGUCUUGCGGUAUCAUUCGGAUAAUCUGCAUACCAAACUGUAUCAUCGAUAUAUAUUACCUGGUACGGUGGCCUCCAAUAUGAUUUGUAUACUUAUAAAUACUCCCAUGCCUGAUACAAAAAUUUUCAACAUUCGCCGGAUUUCUUUGAGGCAAUACAUUCGUACACUGUUUUGUUACAUGAUCUUUGCAUUCAGUGGAUUUUGUUUUUCGCAAAUGUACUCCUCAUCUUUAACAUCACGUCUUACGGUUUCAAUUUCGGUCAAACCAAAAACUUCUGUUGAGAAAAUCUUGAACAUGAUACAACCCAUCAUGGCCACUAAUGAAGCUCGAAAAUUAUUUCGAUAUGAUCCCAGAUUUGGCUAUCAAGCUCUAAGCAAAAUUGUUUUCGCCUCGCCCGAAGAAUUCCACAUCAAUCGUAUGCAAAUGAACACUUCUUAUGUUUAUCCCAUCAGUGAGGAUCGCUGGACCAUUUUGGAAGAACAACAGAAAUUUUUGUCAAAGAAACGUUUUUGGUUAUCGGAUGUUUGUGUGGGCAAUUUUCCUCUUCAAUUUCAAAUGCGUUCGGAUUCGCCCUUCAAACCUUAUUUGAGAAAAUUCAUUAUGUAUGUAAGAGAAACAGGUCUUCAUGCUCAUUGGAAGUCGAAUAUUUUUCGUCGUGCCAAACAAUUUGGUUAUAUGCAAUCUUUCACUGACCGCCAGAGUUUAAAGUAUUAUGAUACGCGUAAAGCUAUUGCAUUCUCUUUAAGCUCUUUAACAUUUUAUCUAUAUAUAUGUGGUAUGCUUUUAAGUUUGGUGACAUUCUUGCUGGAGAUAGUGUACCGGAAAUUGCCGAAAUUGGAAAAGGUGAAAAUUCGCCAAUAG